AUGUCAGGCGCACAAGCUUAUGACCCUUACAACCCCUUCAGCGACGACGCAGCUCGUGAGCUCAAAAACGAAGAACCAACGCCUUUCAACCACAAGAACGACGAGGGUCGUUCGAAGCUGCAGAACCUCCAGAGCACGUUGGAUGACACCGCAGGCAUGAUGCGUGACAACCUGGAAGCCAUCAACCAGCGUGGCGAGGUGUUGGAAGACAUCGACAACAGAGCAUACAGCUUGCAGAACAACGCAACCUUGUUCAACAAGUCCGCAAACCAGGUGAGAAAAGACAUGUGGAAGAAAAACCUCAAGCUCAAACUCUGCGUCGCCUUGGUCAUCAUAAUCAUCAUCAUAGUCGUCGUCGUCCCAAUAGCUGUUCACUUCAGCAACUACUGA